UUUAUCCCUCCCCUGAGCAGAUCUUUAUCAAUUUGGGUACUCCAGUCUUGGGGUGCAUUUGAAUGGGUGUCUGUUUGUGUAUAUGUGGCAGAGUUUACAGGAGGACAGAGUAAAGUGUCUCUGAGCCUGUGGAGAAGGGGAAGAGCUCGGCGUCCAGGAGAGAGCAACCUGCAUAAGGGGGUUUCUGACUGACAACAUUCCCACUGUGAUUACCUCCUGCCACUUUUCAAGAUUCAAGAUUCUGGCUGGACUGUGUGUGCAGCCUAAAUGACGAAGUUUAACUUGUUCAGGCAUCAGACAACACCCAUGGUCGCUGCUAAGCCAACAGGGGCCAGUGCCUUGACUGUGACUCCAGCCCCUGUCGCAUUAGUCUCUAAUGACAACGCCACCGAACCAGUCAACAAGAACGAUGCCUUUGACGAGAUAAAGAACAAGUUCCUGAAUGAAAUCGACAAGAUCCCACUGCCACCCUGGGCCAUCAUUGCCAUUGCCGUGGUCGCUGCUUUACUCAUUCUAACGUGCUGCUUCUGCAUCAUCAAGAAAUGCUGUUGCAAGAAGAAGAAGAACAAGAAGGGCAAGAAGGGGAAGGGUGACAUGGGCAUGAAGAACCUGAAAGGCGGAGAGAAACAACAGGAUGACGAUGAUGAAGAAGAUGAUGUCGAACCUGGACUGACUGGGGACGAGAAAGAGGAGGAAGUGAAGGAGAAAGAAAAGCUUGGGAAGCUGCAGUACUCCAUUGAUUACGACUUCCAGGAGAACAAGCUGACUGUGGGAAUCCUGCAAGCCGCUGAUCUCCUCUCCAUGGACAGCGGUGGCACCUCUGACCCCUACGUCAAGGUCUUUGUCCUCCCUGACAAGAAGAAGAAGUUCGACACAAAGGUUCACAAGAAAACACUCAAUCCUGUCUUCAACGAGACCUUCACCUUCAAGAUUCCAUUCGCAGAGAUGGGAGGGAAGACUCUGGUAAUGUCCGUCUAUGACUUUGAUCGCUUCUCUAAACAUGAUAUCAUUGGAGAGAUUAAAAUACCCAUGAACACCCUUGACCUGGCUAAGCCAAUUGAGGAGUGGAGAGACCUGGACAGCGCAGACCAAGAAGAGCCGGAGAAGCUGGGUGACAUUUGCAUCUCCCUGCGUUACGUCCCCACUGCUGGAAAACUCACCAUCUGCAUUCUGGAGGCUAAGAACCUGAAGAAGAUGGACGUGGGUGGACUGUCAGGUCCCUACGUGAAAAUUAACCUGCUGCAGAAUGGAAAGAGGCUGAAGAAGAAGAAAACGACAGUGAAGAAGAACACUUUGAAUCCGUACUACAAUGAGUCCUUCAGCUUUGAGAUUCCUCUUGAGCAAAUGCAGAAAAUCCAAGCUGUGAUCACAGUGCUGGAUUAUGACAAGAUUGGAAAAAACGAUGCCAUUGGGAAGAUCUGGGUGGGAAGCAAGUCCACAGGGGCCGGGCUGAAACACUGGUCCGACAUGCUGGCCAACCCCCGUCGUCCCAUCGCCCAGUGGCAUCCACUGCAGCCAGAGGAGGAGGUGGAUGCCUCCCUCGCAGCCCUGAAUGCCAAGAAGUAAACUCCCACCAGACCACAUCGCCCCCCACCUGCACCUGUCUACCCAUGUAUUUCCCAUCAGGCCCGCAUAUCAGUGUAUAUUCCAGAAGAACACCCCGACUGUGCAUCCACUCCACCCCCUUACCUCUCCCACUGCCACCUUUCAAAAGAUCCACAAAUACCAUUCAACAUGAUGGGAAAUAUAGUUUAAAAAUCAUCAUGUUAUAUUAAAUCAUGUCAUUGAGAAAAUAAGACAAGUUACAGGAUGGACAGAGACUCCGUUGAUUUCCUUUAGAUCUAUUUUUGUAUUGGGGUUGUGGUUCCAUUAAUAAGAAUACAGAGUAGACUAUGAAGAACAGUAAGCGUGCUAUAUGGGAAUCUGGUGAUAGAGGGGAUAAAACAUACAUUCACUCAUGUUGUACUUCUCACCCCUUCCCUUUAGUGACACAGUUUGCUUAGAAUAGUGCUUAAUAAUAAAAAUGCUUUAUACUGCCAUAAGAUAGAGAAAUAACACAAGCAGGUUCAUUCCUUAGGUGUAUUGUGCACCAUGUUCCACACCUGCCAGUUAUCAUACUAGAAGAUUCUGUUAGUUUGAAGUACAUUCCUAGAGUUGGGUAGCGAGUAGGGAUAGGCACAUAUCCGGUUACCCACAAACACACUGCCGUUUUGAUUAGUUGACCUUCCACCCUUCGUCUCAGGAAAACUGAGAGGAAACUGAAACUCCAUGCCUUUUUUUCUAAACGGGUUGUUAUUAUUCUAAUACUCCACUUGAUGAGAAAGAAAUGUUGGAUUCAAAAGCUUGACCACUUGUUUGUUUUUUUUGGUGAUGUAAGGCUCGCGACUAGUGCUAGUUUAUCCAUGAAAUGGUACGUCAGGGGAGAGGGAGGAAGU